AUGGGAACACAUCUACUUUUGGUUCUCAUAUCAAAGCAGGCAUUUCUGCUUUCUUCGCCAGCAUUUAGGUACAAGUAUGUCGAAGAAAUGAAGCGCAGCGUUGGUAUUAAUGUACACAUCCGUGCACGCAUAUUAAUCACAAUGUGCAAGCAACGACACGGUAGUCGGCCUAAGUUUGAAAUCGCUUUUCACGACGUCCUCAAAACAUCUAAAGAGGAAAUGCAUGCAAGACCAAUUGAGUAUCUCAAUUUUUAUCCAUUAGCCCAGAACUACCAUAAUCUCCCCAUGCUAGCCUCAUCAAAUGCAAUCACUAAUAACCGGUUUCUCCUUUGCGGAACAAGCACUCCUCCUGGUAAUUAA